GCCUACCAGACGAGCUUCAUCUUCUUCAGCUGGUUCAUGCUUGGUAUUUCUAUUUUCUUUCCUUUCUAUUUUUUCAACCCAAUCUUUCUAUUUAUUCAAUCCAUAGAGAAUUUGUGCUUGAAUGUAAUAUUUCAAAGAUUGAAAAGGUGUUUGUGUUUUGAACCUGAUCAAGAAAAUGAGUUUGGUUUUGCACUACUGUUGGAGCAAAUUACUUGCUGCAUUUUGAAUUUUGCUUGAGUGACAAUGGCGGAAAACAGAAGCAAAGACCUCUUGGAGCUGGAGGCCAAGCCAGGCGCCGUCUCCUCCGCCUCAAACUUAGAAUCAAAACUCUUUGUAUGCAAGAAAGAUGUCCCUUUUUCUCCUUCUGAUGCUUCUCGUCAGAAGCCCACCAUGGCUCCUCUGCCCAAGAGCCAAUUUCUGGGGAAGGUGAAGGACUUCUUAGGAGUUCUAUCAGAAUCGAAUAAAAAACUGAUGGAGGAUGCAAAGGAACGCCCCGAUAGUUAUGAUAUUGAAGUGAUCAGUGGAGAUGAAUCUAAAUACAUUGAGAUGGAUCUCAUGUUGGGUAUUGCUGAUCUUCACACCCCGGAGGCCGUUGCUGCAGCCGAGUCUGCAAUGGCCGGUUAUCGACCACCAGUUCGUAUGGCAGAAAGCAGCAGCAGGUCAGAAGACGAAGAUAGCAGUGAUGAUGAAGAUGAUGCAGAAGAAGACGGGAAUCACGAACAAGAUACUGAAGCUGGCUCAGAAUCUGUGAAGCUCGGAUUGAAGGUAGGAGAUUCUUUGUGUCAAGAAUCGAAGAAACAGAAGCCUAAGAAGCGGCCCAAGAUUGUUGAGCUCGCGUAGAAUAUGUUGCAGAAGCUAUAUUGACAGAUUAUGUGGCAAAUAAUCAAGAAUUGAUACUGUUUUCAGCUAAGCUGUUGAUCGUUCUUGACCAUUUUCUUCCAAGAUUUGGUUCAAUUUUGUAUGUAAGAUUGGUAUGGAACUAAAGAAUGCUUGAUUUCUUGUUGGAA